UAUCUCAAACUGGAAUUACAGAUAUCCACAAGUUCACACAGAAAGAACACAGGAUGUCUCACUUCUUGAGCUGACUGAGGGUGUUCACCAAUCAGAUUUUGCAUGACCUCUGUGAGCCAAUCGUUUCGUUGCUAUACAACUUUCUUUCUCUGCUAUGUUAGUGUCACUACGGCCUUAAAAUAAUGAUGUCAGAGUGGGGUCUAAUUAAAUCAAUCAAUUUUAUUUAUAAAGCCUAAUAUUACAAAUCACAGUUUGCCUCAGAGGGCUUUACAGCAUACGACAUCCCUAGGACCCUCACAGCGGAUUUGGGAAAACUCCCCCCCAAAAAAACCUGUAAUGGGAAAAUAAAAAGGAGAAACCUCAGGAAGAGCAACUGAGGAGGGAUCCCGCUUCCAGGACGGACAGACGUGCAAUAGAUGUUAUACAGAACAGAUCAACAUAAUAAAUUAACAGUAAUCCAUAUGACACAAUGAGACAGAAAGAGAGACAGGGCAGACAGUAAUGACAGUAGCUUACAACAACAUUAAUUUAAGUAGUAAUAUCAUAAUAAUAAUAAUUACGACUAUUGUGGCGUAAUAUGUUGUAAGUAUAUGGUAAUAUAUGAUAGUAUAUAUAUGUGACAAUAAUAAUCAUAUGUGUAUAUUAACAGUAGAAGUAUGACUAAUAAUAACAGCAGCAGUAGGAGGCAUCAGGCAGGACCACGGCAGCAGCACAACCACGUCACAUGAUCCAGGCACAGCUGCGAUACGAGGUAACCGGCCAGACAGGGGAGCACAAAGGCUCCGGAGAAGAAGCCAAGUUAGCGAGAUGCAGUAACAGGACAUGAGUGUUAGCAAAGAAGAGAAGGUGCUUGGUGUAUUAUAGGAGGUCCCCCGGCAGACUAAGCCUAUGUCAGCCUAACUAGGAGCUGGUCCAAAACAAGCCUGAGGCAGCCCUAACUAUAAUUAUUAAAGACUCCUCCUAUGUUCUCCAGGAAGUUUCUCAGUGCUCUUAAGUUGAGGCAUGAUUUUAUGACAUUUCAACUUGCUUGGAAGUUAUUCAUUAUCCAAUAUCCACAAGGUCAUGAGAACAGUUUUAAACAAAGAAAAUAUGAUACAUCACCACUAGAUGGGGGUUAAAACUAAUGCUAACACACUAAAACAUGGCAGGACUGAUGGUGAAUUCAGCUCACACUGUUAACUCUUCUAUGAAUCGAUCCUGUUAAUAAGAUGCUGUCUAUAGGAGGUCAGAAAUGUUGUGAUGAGUUUUAUCUGUACUUUGUGCCUAUUCACCACUUAUAGGCCACAUGUAAAUAGAAGGUAAAUAAAAAUACAAUUUUGUACAGCUGUGACAUGUGCAUUAUAGGGAAACUGCAUUGUAGUGAAGUGUAUCCUCAGAUGACUUCCAGAUGUCGUGGUUAGAUAUGUCCCUUCCCCUACAAGCAUACAUGGUCAGUGAAGCUAUUUAAACAUGAAAUGGCCACUUGAAGUCAUACAGUAUUGUGAAUACUUGUGCCUUGCUGUUAAUUUCCACAUGCCAUAUCCUUCUCAAAAGGAUAUACAUCACUUUAUCAUCAUCAUCAUCAUCAUCGUCAUUGUGACCUUGAAAUCUAAACAUUUGCAGUGUUACUGCGUCAGUGGUGAAAUAUCUUUAUAGCUAUGCUUCAUUGCUGGAGUUCUUAUGAAUGAUGAGUCAGCAUGCAUGCAACAUUGGAAAGCACAGAGAUGCUAAGCUGUCGGUCAGAAGAGGAAGUAGAGGUCUGAUAGUGAUUAGCCAGCUUUAAAAAUAUUGGUGGGUGUUUGCUGGCACAUGUGCUUCAAGCCCAGUCAAAGUGUGUUCCUCUCUGGUGCGUAGCAAGCAAGCUUGUCAUCUCAAGAAUGCUUAUUGUAUCAGUGGCAUACUUUCUCCUGUUAGGGUCUGAUGCAACAGUGGUUCUUAAUGUCAACACUACUGUCAGCAAAUCAGUGGUACUUCCAUGUAUACUGAUGACCCCCACUCCCAUUGGCUUAAACAAUUUACGUUUUUACUGGCAAGAUGAAGGAAAAUACGUACUGUACUCUUUUAAUAAGGGAGAGGAGAAGCCUGCACAUGUAAAGGAACGUUAUCAAGCCAGGGUCACAGCCUUCCCACAGGACAUGAUAAGAGGAAAUAUUUCAGUUAAACUUAGAAACGUAACACUUAAAGAUAACCAAAAGGUUUUCCAGGCUUUUGCACCAGUUUCUGAUAGCAGAAGGAAACCCAUUGUUACACCCAUCUGCCAAAUAACUUUACAUGUUGCAGUUCCUUACGAGAGUGCCAGGCUGACUGUAAAUGAAGAAAAAAUGACUGCAGUCUGCACUACACAAAGAGGAUUCCCUAAGCCUUGGGUAGAGUGGAGACUUCAUUACCUAUCUGACAAAAGCCAACACUUAGUUGACCAGAGGGAUGUAAACACUACAGCGGUGCAGGACCCUCGGGAUCAUCUCUACAGUCUCAGAAGCACUAUACAUAUCCCUGGGGAUCAAUAUCAAUCUAUGACUUGCCUCAUCUACAACCCUACCCAAAAUGAGACUUUGAUCACCACCCACGAUUUAAACAAAGGUGAAGCAGAGAAGAGCCUCCCUGACUGGGCCACAGCUUUGACAGUGACUGUUGCUGUAGUUCUCAGCUUAUGCUGCAGUUGUGUAGCACAUCACAUGUACUGGAGAACCAGACAGUCUUCUUCCCCACCUGACUGCGCUGAUUUAUGAUCCUCACUACAUCUGGAAUAAAAAAAAAGGAAUAUAUUUCAAAAUUUAACAUUCAUCAUAAUGGAAAUUCUCUACACAAGGUCUAACUUAUCGUUUUUGUAACCCAGCAUCACUAAUGCUCUUUUAAGUCACAAGGCUUCAAAUCCUUGUGAACCUAAAACAAGAGAAGUUGAAGCUGUUGUUGAUGCCAGUGAUUUUGUAAUACUAUUAAUAGUCAAUACUAUUAAUGUUUAGGCUGACUCAUUGGCCAACAUUAGUGUUACUGCAGGAACCAGCUGCUAAAUAAAAACAAACUGGUGAAUAACUGUGCCAGCACCACCAAGUGGUGAACAGGGCAACAUAUUCUCAUUCUGACCUCGUCACAUAUCGACGUUUGGACAUGGACUUUUCACGUUGAGAUAUGACGUGCAAGGUACCCUGGGUACGUUGGUCGUUGACAUUCUGGGACACUGUGUCAACUUCAGCCUAUUAUAUGCUGUUUUCAAAAUACACUUCGGUUUUCAGGAAAUGUACACUUUGCAUACAGUCUCUUUCAAAAUAAAUGCA